AUGAACGGAAAGCGAGGUGUAAAGAAUUACCUGCUUUCUGAGAAGCAGUUCAGGAAACGCCAACCAGCUGCUGCCAACUAUGAUCGCAGUGUAAUGGUCUAUAAACUGAAAAACUGUGACAUAGCGUCCAACUUUCACAAAAACAGCAUCCGAAUGGUGAUCAUCGCUGCAUCAGGCGAAAAGUUGUUUAGGGCGUCACAAAUUGAGCCUAUUGUAAAGACUCAGCAGAUCUUCAUCGCAGAACCCUCCUACAGCCGGUGGCGUUACAUUCGUUUGGUAGAGCCGGUGCACUGGACCACAUGUAAAGUUCUACUUGGAGUCUGGCGCACGGUUCGCCGCGUCAACCAAUGA